GGAGACAGAUUUGGCAGAGCUCACAAAACACUGCAGCCACAGCCCAGAAGAGGUCUGUGUGCCGGCAGGAAAGGCCUCGCUGCCUUGGAAACAGAGAAGAAGGCGACCCAGAGGAGGCAAGCGCUCGAGAAGGGGGCGGGAGGCGAACGGGAAAAAGGUGGAGUGUUGCAUAGGGAGAGAGAGAGCUUUGGAGAAGAAUUGAGAGCCAGAGGCAGAGAGGAGUAGGUGCAAGAUUGAAUUCAAGACUGGAGAUCACUGAGAAGAAGGUAACUGAAGGACAACUUGUGGGACUGCUGAAAUGAGAUUGAAAUUGACUCCAGCAAUCUGGCCCAGACUCUGAAUUCCUCACACACCACUGCCCGACUCGCUCAUUCGCAAAACAAAUGCAGGAAGCUGGGCGAGAGAGCUCCGGAUAACAGGAGCCAGUACGGCAACAGACCGGUCAUGCGAGUCUCCGGAGAAGAAACCAGGAGGAUAACUGAAGACACCAGAGAAGAGCGACGGGGCAGAUAUCCUCCACAACAUCUCCAAGACCACCACAGAUGUCCGGGGAAGGAACGGUGAGGAAGACUCACAGAUACUUGUGUGGAAGGGACGGAGGACUCCUGAGGAAAAGGGUCCCGACAGAUGCGGGGGUCCCUGCGCAGGGCCCUGGGGUCGGCCCGCAGGGGCUGCUUCUUCAGGUGGCUGGGGGUGAAGGUGUGCCGUAGGAGCGUGCUGCUCGUCGUUCUGGUCUGGCUGGUCUCCUGGCUUUUCCUCAACGGCUUGGUGUUCGUACACAGAAACAUGUUCUCGGACUUUUGCACUGACGACAAGAGCAAACAGAUUCUUCAGAGGGUGUGUGACGAUUAUCAGCAGGGUGUGUUGACUGGCGAUCUUUGCGAAGACCUCUGUGUGGCCGGACAUGUGGAAUACAAACGGUGCCUUUAUUACGAGAACGGCAAAAAGGUCAUGUCCGCCAACUGGCGCGGCGUGCCUGUGGUUCUCAAGUCUAAGCUGGAAAACUUCUCCUCCUAUGAGGCUUUAGCUCUGCUUGAGUACCAGGAUACGGCUGGGGGAACGGGUGUCGAAGAGGAGCUCUCACCUCUGGAUGUCGUCUUCUACGCCACCCUGGAGAUCAAGAACUCUCUGGGCCUGGAGACCGAAACGAACAUGACUCUGCCCCGGCUGUGGGGCCAAAGGCUAAAGGAGAAAGAGCGGACUUACUCACGAGCUGAGCUGGCCUCGCUCUGGGCACUUCUUCAACAAGAGGAGUACAUUUUUCUUAGAGUACUGCAAGAUUUAACCCACCACGUGGCUAAGAUCUUGGGGUCUUGCGGUCACUUUUACGCAGUGGAGUUUUUGGCUGCGGGACACGCGUGGGACCAACACAUCUUCUCUUUGGAGGAAUUGUCACUCAGCCCUUCACCGAGCCCCUGGAGCGGAGGGGAGAGGAUGUUAACAGCAAGAGAUAUGGUGCCCCGGGUAGCACUAAGCUUUCUGGAGAUGGUGGAGCAUUUUGAAAACGAUUUUACCCACCGCUUACACCUCUGCGACAUCAAGCCGGAAAACUUUGCUAUCAGGAAGGACCUGACUGUGGUGGCAAUAGAUGUGGACAUGGCUUUUUUCGAGCCUAAAAUGCAAGACAUACUUGAGCAGAACUGCACCAGUGACAAUGACUGCAACUUCUUCGACUGCGUUUCUAAGUGUGACAAGAGUAAAAACAGAUGUGGGUCUAAACGCAAAAACAGCAACCUACAGGUGAUCUGUGAGAAGAUCUUCAGGUCUUGGUUUUCUCCCACGCUUCUUGGGGCAAAAGCAGGGCUCCCCCUACAGGUAGAGCUGCAGCGAGCCGUGCAAGAAUGCGCAGAAACGGACGGCGGGGAGGAUGCGGGCCGAAGGCGGGCGGUGAGACAGCAGCUGCAGGACCUCCUCACGGAGCUCAUUGAGGAGGAUACGGGAAGCCGAGGUGAAGGCCGGGAACACAAGAUGAGACGCGUCCACACCGCGCUUAACUUUUGAACAAACAUGGGACAUUUUGAAUAGCGAUACAAGAUGUGCAAUGCUGGAAAUCUUGGUCUGGACUACAUUAUUCAGCUUUUUAAACAAUCUCAAUUUUUAACAUCAGCUGUAGAGAUGUAAGUCACUUAUAUUAAGGGUGUAGAAAUACCUCUUACCGCUCUCAAGGAAACUAAAGAUCAUCUCAGAUAAUAAUAAUAAUAAUAUCAGUUUUAUUUGUUGGAGAAAGUGUAUAUUUGUAUAAGCAUUUCAAUAAACUAUGAUCCUAGCUUUCAUUUCUUGAUGGAACCAAACGCUGCGUCACGCUGCAUUAUAUUCUGUUCACAGUUUGCCGAGAAUCUAAGAGAAGGCUCAAAGAUUAAACUUACAUUUGGUUCGUAUUGCCAAAAGAGAAAAACUCUGUAGGUUUGUUUGGAUAUAACUUCAAUGUUUUCAUCUUCACAGGGGAUCAGGUUCCAAUCUGCCUCCAGCUGUCUUUCAGGAGAGGGUCGGGUAGAAAAGACUAAACAGAACUUUUGGGUAAGGGUAGGAUGAGAUAUUGCGUGAUUAGGGCAGAAAGAGUACGACCAGAGCUCCAGAAACAUAUUACCCAACAGCAACUUUACUGAUUUAUGUUGUUAUGUCUCAGUUGGACGGCAAACGUUUUCACGAUUGGGUUGCAGAGGUCAUCACAUUGUGUGUCUCCAUGGCAACGACAAAGAUCUGCUUUUGAUCUUAGAAGUAACUUACUGGCGGCAAUACAGACAUAUAUUUGGAAUCCACAGUAUUGUUCCUCCUAAAGUUACAUAAUUGGAUGUUUUUAUUUCGAGAUUAAUUUACAUUAAACAGUUUUUUAAGCUAAACAGUGCAUGCAACAUUCAAACAAGAUCAAAAGCUUGUUUUUCGCCUGCUUGAUUUAUUUGCAUGUUUGGUUACUUUGACAUGGGUUUCUUAGAUAUUUGCGGAACAAAACAACGUUUUGUUAUGUUUUUGGAGAGUGGGGUAGAUUAGUUGUUGGAUUAUAAAACGGUGUUUGUAAUUAUACGCUGUUUACAUCAUGGUUUCAAUUGUUUAGGAAGAAUGAAACUGCAGGUUUUAUUAGUCAAAGCCUUGCAACCGCUUGCAACUCAUGGUUGUUUAUAUCAACUGCUUUGUGUUAAAUUAUUCUCUUUUAUGUUGGAGAAAUCCAGUGACUAAUGUGCUUAAUAUAGUACAGGAGCCAGAUUUUCCACACAUAGGGACGGUUUCCCGGACAGGGAUUAGACUAGUCCUAGACUAAAAUAAAUGUAAGAGCUGUACAAACUGAAAACAACUUGCACUGACAUAUAUAAGUAAUGUUUUUAGUGAGGCAUGUUAUAAUUUCUAAUUAAACAGGAUCUAGUACUGGCUUAAGCUAGUCUCUGUCCGGGAAACCACCCUGUAAUGAUUGGACGAAAUAGGUUACAGAAGAAAAAAACAAAAAAUCAAAUUUUAUUUUAAAACUCUGAAUUAAUCUUAAACAUGUUCAGAGGGAUUGAUUUCAAAUUUGGUUGCAAAAUUAUUAUUAUAAUUUUUUAACCCCUUAGGCGUCACCCCAUCCUUUUGAGUGGAGGGGUGAAAAGUUAAAGUGCCUCUUCAAAUUAAUAUAACUCUGGCAUUUUUGGUCUAGAAGUGAACUUUCACUGAAGUGUAUGGAGGUGAAAAUGAAGAGUUUCAUUGCAAAACGAGAUAAAUCCAUUUUUUAACAUUUUUCUCAAAACAUGUUUAUUAUUAUGUUAUCAUGUUAUUAUUUUGUUUUAUGGUGCUACUUAGCUGUAUUUUUUAAGUUAUGAAGGUUUAAAUCAAAACAAACUAACUGCAGUUGCAUAGAAAUUAAUUGGAAUGCACAACCAAAAAAACUAGAUUUCUGAACAAUUAAAAAAACGGUAGUUAUCUCGUUUUGCAACGAAACUCUUCAAAUAUUAAACAGAAAAAUUGUUAUAGCAGUUUACAUUUAUU